AUGUCGUCGGCUGGAGGAACAACUGACGUUGAAUUAAAGACGGACUCGACGGCAACCCAAGAUGUCGAUGCGAUCAACGGACCAGACGUCGCGACAGGCAGCGAUGUCAUACAACCAGUCCCGUCGCCCUCGAACCAAGUAAAAGGCUCGGCACAACACGACGUCGUAGGACACGACAGUUCCCAUUUGUUGACCCAUCCGGAAGCUUCUUCUUUGGACUCGACCGCUGCAGCCCAGCAGAUCUCAGAGAACCGCGAACCUUCUUACACCAGAGAAGAAGCGACGACGACACAGAUACGCCAAGCUGCUCCAGAACACUCGACAAUUGCAUCUUUGAAACACGAACAUAGCUCUCGCACACAAUCGCCACUACGCGAGUCGUCAGUGCCUGUACCAUCGACAGAGAUGAAUGCUUCUGUGGCACCUUCUGCGCCUCCCAAGCGCAGCCAUAAGAAGAAGGGCGUGGCAGCUGCAGCUGUUGUCAAGCGCGGUGCUACUGCUCCUGCUAAACGCAGUCACAAGAAGAAGGUCGUCGCCUCAUCAACUGCUACUCCCGCGCAAGGCUCGCCAGCUCCUCGCUCUGUGCGGACCGCCUCUUCGCCUGCAAGAUCGUCGCCUGAUGUCGAUGGCAACGGCGACCAAAACAUGUCUGGAGACGAAGGCGAAGAAGAGGAGGGUGAUGGUGAUGGUAAUAUUUCCGACACGGACCUUUACUGCAUUUGUCGCAAACCGGAUACCGGAACUUUCAUGAUAGGCUGUGAUGGCUGCGACGACUGGUUCCACGGCAAAUGCGUUAACAUCUCGGAAAAGUGGAAGACGCUCAUUGACAAGUACAUUUGUCCGUUUUGCGAGGAAAAAGGCGUCGGCGAAACGACUUGGAAGAGAAUGUGUCGUCGCAAUGGUUGCAACAUGCCCGCCUUGGUGGCUAAGGGCUCCAAGUAUUGCUCGGACAGAUGCGGUGUACUGUUUUUCCAGACGCUGAUUGCAGAGCGCACUCGUCAAGUCACCGCCGAUGAUCUGGGCGCCAGAGGCGGCCUCAUCAGUGGCAACGAGCUCAAGGCUAUCCUCCAGGUGUACCCUACUGCCGAAGCACUCCACAACCUGAACAACGGCCCAGUCUCUCCUGCGCCUGGCUCUUCUUCCAACGCUAUCAAGGACGAAAGCGCCGAAGACGAAACUUCACACGAAUCCGCACUCAACGACAUCGAACGCGAACGCAUCGAUCAAAUCACUCAUCUGAAAGCUACCACGCGCGCCCGCCACUCUCUCCUCAAAGACCGCGCCAAGUUCGUCGCCAUGCUCAAGACGGUCGCCUCACGCCUUGCCGACCACAGAAGCGUCAAGCCCAAAGACCUCUGCGGCUACGACUCCCGCCUCACCUGGAGCGAAGAAGAAUUCAGCAUCUGGCGCUCUUCAGAAGCCGGCCAAGAAGCCCUUCGCAUCGAGAGCUUACCUCUACCCUCAGACGAAGAUCUAGAUAACGACGCAAGCAUGAGCGGUAUCUCCCCAGACCCAUCCACCUGCAUGAAGAAACGCUGCAACAGACACUACGAAUGGGCCAAACUAGACAUCGACCACACGCGCUUCGAAAUCACUCAAAACGCACAAACCAUGCAAGGUCUCGACAAGGAAGAAAAGGAAAUCAUCGAACGCGCUCGUCUUCGCGCCAGAGAAAUCAGAGCUGGGGGUGUGGGUGGCACUGUCGAGUUUCAUGGUUUGAGUGCCCCCAAGGAGAACAAAGAGGACAGAGAAAUGGGUGUUGGACCUGUGGUUGAAGAGCGCCAUGUGGACAGCCAUGGUCAGCCUGCUUCUCAGGAUGUGGAGAUGCAAGACAAGACUGAGGAAAUGGUGGAUGUUGAGGAAAUGCCUCAGCAGCAUGAUGGCGAUAACGAUGAUGACGAGGGCAAGGAAGUUGAUAUGGUUGAUGCCAUUGCCGCUUCCAUCUGA